CUAUCAAUGUUCCACACGCGCAACGCAACACAAGCCUACAUUCUCGCAUCCUAUGCAAAUUUAACAUUACCACCAUAUUUAAACAUGGCUGCAACAUCCACCUAUCCUGCCUCAACGCCCACACCAACACCCUCCACAGCAACCACCCUCACGAACCCGAGCUUUGUGUUCCCACCUCAAUACUCCUUCCCGCCCUUCUUCACCCUCCAGCCCGUUGCCAGCACACGCUCCUCACAACUGGCUUCCUGGUCCAUCCUCAUCCAGUCCUACUGCCGCCACAACCGCAUCUUUACCAUCUCCCUCAUCGAUGCGCUCCCAACCCCUCUCUUCACAAACGCGACCCUUCGCAGGAGCCUCUCCCUCCGCGAUGCAAAAGCCAUCCUCACAUACAUGGCCUCACCCGAAGGCGGAAACCGCGCUGAAUUCAUAAGUACAAGCUCGUCUAAGAAGGGAAUAAAGCCGGGAGAAGAGGGUGAAGGAGGCAAGGCGUGGAUAUAUUGGCGGAGACCUGAGGAGUGGGCUGCGGCGUUGGAGGAAUGGGUGGAGAGGACGGGACAAAAGGGCACGGUACUCACGUUGUACGAGAUUGUCGAAGGGGACGUGAGCCGUAGGGAAGAGUUUUAUGGAAUGGAUAUGGACCUGUUGCAAAAGAGUUUGGGGGUUUGCGUGAAGAGGGGGAAGGCGCAGGUUUUUGGGUCUGGAGGUGAGGGAGAGGGUGUCAAAUUCUUCUAGGACAUGUCUUUGCGUGGCUGCUGGAUUGACGAGGCGUGUCAUAUGUCAGCAAGGAAGACGCGGCAAAGAAUGAGGGGUGUGGAGAUGAGGACAUGGCGUUGAAUGAUACCCAAUCGUGUUUUGGACAUGGUACUAUAAGGCAUAGGCUAGAGCUUACACUGCAAUAGAUUUCAAAAAAACACUCUGAGAUAUCCGAGAAACCGGAAAAUCUCAGCUACUAUACUCAUCCAUUCCCAAUUUAGGCUUACAGUGUCCUUAUACAACCACCUAUGUAACACCAGCGGUUUCCAACACGCAUCUGUCAAAGCAAACGUCGGCUCUCUCCCCCAUCAGCGGCAUCUAGCCACACCCUCACCC